CGAUUCUUUGGCGUUCACUAGUAUUCCAUCCUCAGCAUCAGCAGCAGCAUUCGUCCAGAAGAUUACUCACACACCAGUUCCGAUCUCAUUCACUCGGAGAUCUGCAUAUUUAUCUGGGUCAUUAAGUGCAUAUUUUCUUUCUAAAUUCUUGAUCAGCUCGUUUAAAGAUGUUGGCGUGCACCGAAAUGAUCACGAUGUGUCUCCAGUCUGCGAAACGCGAGCAUCUCCGCUCCAAACUGCAGCAGCACCAGAUGCAGGAUUCCGUCCACGGACUGUCCAUCUUUCACGAUAUUUUCCGCAGAGCUGACAAAAACGACGACGGCAAGCUGUCCUUCGAGGAGUUCAAAGCCUAUUUCGCAGACGGGAUUCUCACAACCGACGAGCUGCGGGAGCUGUUCUACUCCAUCGAUGGACGGCAAACAAAUAACCUCGAUACAGACAAACUAUCAGAUUACUUUUCUCAGCAUCUUGGAGAAUAUCUGGACGUUCUGUCAGCGUUAGAGAAACUCAAUGUCGCCGUCCUGAAGGCGAUGGACAAGACGAAGGAGGAGUACCAGGGUUCCUCUGUCCUGGGUCAGUUUGUGACCCGCUUCAUGUUGAGGGAGACGUCGAGUCAGCUGCUGUCGCUCCAGAUGUCUCUCCAGUGCGCUAUGGAGGCCGUGGAGGCGCAAAGUAGCACCGCUCCGGUUGAAGUUAAAGUCCCGGAGCAUCUUAUCAUACAGAAGAACAACAGAAGAUGUGGCCGUCGAGUGCAGAAGAACAUGUGUUUGUCGCCUACUGACCCGUACUCGGGCAUUCUCACUACCGGCGUUACCGUAGAUACAGAUGAAAACUGGUGCUCUCAGAUCAACAGACUGCAGCAGCUCAUCGACAAACUGGAGUGUCAGAGUCCAAAGUUGGAGCCACUGAAAGAAGAUACACUGGCCAGCACGUACAAAUCAAACAUUCUGCUGGUGCAGAGACAGAUGAGCGUGACAGAGAAUGAUGUCGAGGAGUUCCAGAAGGCUCUGAAGACGUACGCCGACACCACUGCCAAUCAGAACGACAACCUACAUGUGUCCAUCCAGAAGCUUCCCGAGAAGAGCUGCUACAUCAUCUAUGAGUUCUGGGAGGACCGUAUUUCCUGGAUGAGUUAUUUGCAGUCUGAUGCCAGUAAGAUGUUCCAGCGCUGCAUCAUAGACAUGCUGGAGGACCCGGAGAUCGUGUCCACGAUGCUCAUGCCAGCGUCCUGGUGGAUCAUGACAAACAACUAACAGCCCCCGAAACACCACCGCACCCCCAUCUGAAAACAAUGACCCCAUUGUGUCUUUGAAUUAAUGACUAGCUCUAAAAAAAAUCAGAUGAAUCAUCUGUACGUGUGACACACACACACACACACACACCUUUUUUGUGUUGCAUUUUAUAGAUAAUGUCUGUCUGAUAGUUCACGGAAAACAAUCAGGGUUGUGCAUCAUUCAGAAGUGGAUUCAGAUGCUUUUCUCAUUCAAGUUUAAUUGAUGAAUUUGAAUUGAGCUUGGAAAUCGGAUGCAGAAAUAUUGAAUUUGAAUCAGCGUUUAGUUUUAUUAU